UGGCCGCCAUGACACCAAGGUGCAAUUCUGCUGCCAUCUUCACUAACUAAAUGCAAAAAUAGCUGAGACCGGCUGAGACGAUACAUAGCUACAUAGUAUGAUGGAAAGGAAGGAAGACUACAAAAACCGAGGUCUGCGGAAUAAAGCGUGGGAAGAGAUCUGUAGCAGUAUCAUCCCUAUAUUUGAUGAAGCUGAUGACAAUCUAAAGAAAAAAUUAGAACAACCACGAUUCCGUGGACCAGGUGAUCCUAAUGUGUGUGUGGAUUGCAGUGUUCCUUGUGCUGCACCGUCAUUUAUACAAAAUGAUUGUGGUGAAUUCGUUGACAUGACACUUGUUUGGCUGUAUGCUGGACUCUCAACUCAUGGCCUACGGACUUGCAGUGACAACACAAUUGCAAAUAAUCACCGCACAUGCUGAUGGACGACGCCUUGUUGGAGAACAAAUUGCGGCUAUAUGGUUGGGAAUGUUCAUUGUGAUGGCGUUAAACAGAUAAGCCACGUUGGAUUUCAGCAAUAUCUUCUGAUAUAAUGAGACUACUUCAUACACUUUUAAUUAUCCUUGAAUGCAGUUGUUAUAUCUGGAGAAUUCUGAUUAUUGGAAUGUAUGACAAUAAUCUUGAACAACAAACUGAAGAAGAUCUUAAAUUGAGAUGAAGCAGCCAGGAAUGAAGCUCCAAAGCAAGUUUGUCUCCUUAACUUACACUUACACUUAAUGUCUAUAUUGAUGCCUACUGUGGGACAUCCAUCAGUCAGCAUGCCCUCCCCUUCUAUUCCUUAGCUGUUGAUCCCAACAGAAGAGCAAAAAUUCAUCAACGGUAUAUGACGGAUUAUGUAUUAGGACAUCUCUUAUUUCUUUUAUAAACUGUUUUUAUCAUGUACUAAAUUAGUUAAAUAAUCAGGCAGACUGUUAAAUAUUUUUAUACUCAUGCAGUGAACUCCUUUCUGCCUCAUUGCAAGAUGUGAUUGUAGGACAUGUAAAUUUCUUUUAUGUCUUGUUGGUUUCUCAUAAAUUGAAUAAUUAAAAGUAAAAUAUUCCAAGUUAUUUAU